AUGUCGGGCACAGACUUCCACUUCUUCAACCUUGAUGUACCAGAGGAGUCGAUUGUGGGGCAUGAAGGGCCCCUUUGGACACCUUGGGCCGUUCAGUGGUGGGUGACCUUGUUCAGCAUUGCCACAUUCAACAUCGCGGUGUACACAGCCAUUACAAAGUGCUACUAUUCGUCCUUCUCGACAGAUGCAGCGGUCAAAGCUUAUCAGCAGUUUAUGCUGGCGGUGUGUGGCCCCUAUGUCUUCGUCUGUGCAUACCGCUCCUACAUGCCAGCACAAUACCCUUUACGUUAUGUUUGGUUCGAUACGCCACUCUCUAGCAUUUUGCUGGUUCGGAGUUUGGCAGCAAUAGCCGAGAUGUGCUUCGUCGCACAAAUCGCAAAGGCACUUUCCUUCAUCGAAAAUCAGGUGAACGAAACCAAUCAAAGCUGGGGGAGCUGCUGGCAUUUCCUUUGCCAGUCUGCCGCAGUUGCGAUGGUGGUCAUCAUCUUUGUGGCCCAAUGUUUCUCCUUUGCAGGAACCAUCACGAAGAGCAACAAAUGGUAUGCACUUGAGGAGUUCAAUUGGGGCUUGGCCUUCGCAGUUGGCAUGCCCUUCUUCUUCGUGCUCUCCUACCAGGUGUUUCAGCUCCGGAGAGAGGCCGGGACGCGAUGGAGCUGCUCCUGCAAUGCGAUUGUGUAUGCGGUGGGGAUGAGUGCAUUCUGCAUUGCCUAUGUGCCGUACAUGUUCAUCACCGAUGCACCAGAGUACUGGCAACGCUACCAAGACCAGCUGGCAGAAGGCUUUGAGUUUCUGGGCUUCUGGGUGGGUGUGAAGGAUGCAGCUCUUACUCGCCAUCGCACUCACAAGGAGGAGGUUUGGGAAUACGCAACGGUUUGGCAGACAGCCUACUUCAGUGGAGCCGUGUGGAUCAGCCUCCUCUUGUCCUUGGCGCCGAAGCUCGAGGUCACAAACACCUUCAAACAGCUCGGGCAGCAAGUCGCUGGCGGCAUUUCCCUGAUGGAGAAUGCCCUGAUGCAGAGCAAAUGA